AUGGCGGAUUCUGGUCCAGCCAGCUUCUUGACUCGGGCCAAUGCCAUAUAUAGAAAAAACUUAACCUAUCAGAAACGGAAUAUAUGGAGCAAUGUUCGGCUUAUCAUGAUACCUUUCUACCUCUGCAUAGUUCUCGUGUGUGUUCAAGCUCUGAUCGAUUCACAGGUCAAUAACUCAGUGGAUAAUCAAUGUGGUUGCAAAUGCAUUGACAAAACCGGAGUCGAAAAAUGUCAAAUGGUCUGCGGUGUAGAGUACUCGACUCGGGAUCAAGGAGUGUUUUGUGCCAUACCAAAACCACAACCAUGGCCUCCUUUGAUGCUAAUUCCUCGUCCAGAGAAUCGUGCUGUUGACACCAAAUACACUGACGCCCCGUGUAGACGGAAACAUUCUUGCCCUGUAAGUAUACUUCUCACUGGGAAUAACCAAUCUCUUGGAGCAACUUUGUCUAGAAAUCUUCUGAGGACGUCCUUUACAAUGAACUCAUUUGACAUCUUGUCUAGUUUGGCGGAUAAUGUGUUGGCUACAACAUAUAAAGGAAGUGCCACCAAUUAUCUUGAUGCAGGGAUUGUCUCAGAUCUUAGCAUUUACAACAUCCAACCUCAGUGCCCUCCACACUCUAGUUUUCCUUUCUCAGUCGGACAAUCACCUCUAAAUUUUACCAAAGAAAUGAGAUGCGUUCAAGGAUUGAAUCUUUGGAGAAAUAGCUCCAGAGAGAUCAACCAUGAGAUCUUCAAAGGUUAUCAGAAAGGAAACUCUGAUGGGUUGAUAAGUGAGAUCGUUGCAGCAUACGAUCUCUUGAACACAAUUAAGACUAACUUCAAUGUGAACAUAUGGUAUAAUGCAACGUACAAGGAUGAUUCAAAUAGGCCUAUAAAGUUGGUCCGAGUUCCCCGCUUGGUCAGUUUGGUGUCAAAUGCUUAUCUUCAGUAUUUGCAAGGCCCCGGGACAAGGAUAUCGUUUGAGUUUGUCAAAGAAAUGCCUAAACAAGAAACUAAACUUCGUCUAGACCUUGCAUCUCUGAUUGGUCCAGUUUUCUUUACAUGGGUUAUUCUUCUUUUAAUUUGUAUGCCGGUAAUCUUGACCUCAUUGGUGUAUGAGAAGCAGCAUCGUCUAAGAAUUAUAAUGAAAAUGCACGGCCUAGGAGACGGUCCGUAUUGGAUGAUUUCCUACGUCUAUUUUCUUGCCAUAUCCACGUUAUUCAUUAUAUGCUUGAUGAUAUUUGGGUCAGCGAUAGGACUGAAGUUCUUUCGGAUCAAUGACUACAGCCUCCAGUUCGUUUUUUAUUUUCUCAACAUAAAUCUGCAAAUCUCCAUUGCCUUUUUGAUUUCCUCAGCAUUUUCAAAAGUUGAGACAGCAUCAGUUGCUGCGUACAUAUACGUAUUUGGAUCUGGACUAUUGGGCUUGUUCCUCUUUCAAUUCAUGCUUGAAGAUUUAUCGUUUCACAGAGGCUGGAUUUUAGUCUUAGAGCUGUAUCCUGGCUUCUCUCUGUUCCGAGGGUUGUAUGAGUUAUCGCAAUUUGCUUUUCAUGGGAACUUGAGUGGGAGGGAUGGGAUGAAGUGGAAACAUUUCAGUGAUAGUGGAAUGGAUGAAGUUUUCUACAUCAUAAUCGUUGAGUGGUUUGUCUCACUGACUGUAGCAUAUUAUAUCGAUAAGAUAUCUUCAUCCGGGAAAGACCCUUUGUUUUUCUUGAAAAACACUUUCAAGAAAUCUCCUUUUUCACAAAGGCCUAGCUUCCAAAAACAGGUCUCUGCGGCUUCCAAAGGAAUGGAGAAGCUAGAUGUCAUUCAGGAGAGUGAAAAAGUUGAGAAGUUGAUGCUUGAGCAGAACACAAGCCAUGCAAUUGUAUGUCACAACUUGAAGAAAGUGUAUCCAGGUAGGGAUGGAAACCCGCCAAAAAAGGCGGUUCAAGGUUUAUCUCUUGCCGUGCCUACAGGAGAAAGCUUCGGCAUGUUAGGUCCAAAUGGUGCAGGAAAGACCUCAUUCAUCAACACGAUGACUGGGCUUGUGAAACCAACAUCAGGGUCAGCGUUUGUUAACGGUUUGAGCAUAUGCACAGAGAUGGACAGAGUAUACACUAGCCUGGGUGUAUGCCCACAGCAUGACUUGCUCUGGGAGACGCUGACAGGAAGGGAACAUCUGCUCUUUUAUGGGAGACUUAAGAAUCUCAAAGGCUCUGAUCUCAACCAAGCAGUAGAAGAGGCUCUUAAGAGUGUGAACCUAUUUCACGGAGGAGUUGCUGAUAAACCUGCUGGAAAAUAUAGCGGAGGUAUGAAAAGACGACUAAGUGUAGCCAUUUCACUUAUUGGGAGUCCUAAGGUGGUUUAUAUGGAUGAGCCAAGCACAGGACUUGAUCCAGCUUCAAGAGUGAACCUAUGGACAGCCAUCAAACGUGCGAAAAGACAUACUGCAAUAAUUCUCACGACUCACUCAAUGGAAGAGGCAGAGUUUCUCUGUGACCGAUUGGGGAUUUUCGUAGAUGGAAGGUUACAGUGCAUAGGGAACCCAAAAGAGCUAAAGGGAAGGUAUGGUGGAUCCUAUGUCUUAACUAUGACAACAGCUUCUGAACACGAGCAAAACAUGGAGAUGUUGGUUCAAGAGUUUUCUCCAAACUCCAAGAAGAUAUAUCACAUCGCAGGGACACAGAAAUUCGAGAUCCCAAAAGAGAAAGUUCGGAUCUCAGAAGUGUUUCAGGCGGUAGAGAAGGCAAAGAGAAGUUUCAAAGUGUUUGCUUGGGGACUCGCGAAUACAACUCUUGAAGAUGUUUUCAUUAAGGUUGCUAGAACUGCCCAGGAUUUUAAUGCCUUCUCUUGA